AUGAUAUCAGCCAAGACUCUUUUCGUUCUUGCUGGAAUCUGCCUUGUCGUGGCCGUGGCUCGCCAUCCUCUCAAUCCGGCGCCGGCCUCGGAGGAGAAAGCCCAACGCAACAAGAUCCGAUGCUUCGAACACAUGGAGGGAGAUGUUGCCCUGGAGAACCAGAUUUCGGAGCGCAAAUACGACUAUUGUUGCUUCCACGUCAAUCCAGAUAGCUUCACCAAAAACGGAAUUUUGACCGGAGAGGAAGCCACCCCUCUCAUUGACAAACUCUUCGAUGAAGAGAUAGAGGAUGUCUUCACUGCCUGCCGUGGAGAGGUAUGUGAAAGUAAUAGUUUUUGCAAAUAUGUAAUGUGGUUUUUUCAGGCCAUUGACUUUGGCUUCAUCGAUAUCCGUUUCUACUGUUACUGUAAAGAGGACCUCUGCAACGUUCCGACCAACAUCUCUGCCUACAUCCAGCAUUCAAAGCUCGCCUAUCUCCGCAACCAUAAGAGCAAAUACUCAUCAAUUCAUUAA